AUGAGCACCUCUGAAUAUAAAAACGGUGGUCUAGAAACGAGACAGAAUGUCGAUGCCGUUGCAGGCUCGGAUCCUAACGGUAUCCGGCCCAGCAAGCCAAGAGCCGAACCGAUCACAACACAUGGACACAAGCCGGGCGUCAUAGCUAGCGAAGCCGACAGCGCUCCCGAGUUCCACGCCCAAACCCUGCCGGCAGGAAGCUCUCCUGCGGAUCGAACUUUCAAUCCGAGCCCCGCCGAUGAGGCUCCCCUGGCCGAGACCAACCCGAGCGCGUCGUCCACCCUGCCCGGCUCGACCUCCGCGGACGUGCACACCGGUUACGGGCAUCCUGGCUCCGGCCAGACCUCGAACGAGCUGCGCGGAGACGGCCGCAAGCAGCGCAGCGGCCUCGAAGGCGCCGGCGCCAGGGUUGACGAAAAGCUGGACUCCUUGGACCCAAGGCAGCGGGCCCUGCGCCGCGACGACGCCCAGCUCGGCGAAGGCGAGAGCCGGGCGGGCACGCGGGGAAGUGCCGGCGGCCCACUUGCAGAGGAGAGGCUGCCCGAGACGGCCGCGACGGUCGCGAUGGAGAACUCGGGCCCAAGUCGCGAUAGCCGUGUGCGAUGAGGGCACGAAAAAGUGUCUCUUUUGGAGGAUGACGCGGACCGAGUGCGUUGCGUUCAAGAUUCUGGUUUCCCCUUCUAUAGGUCGUCAUUAUGCAAUGUCGAAUGUGUGAACGUGUAUAAGAGGUCAUCAUCUUACUGUACCGCGCGCUAGGGGCGAGAUGAAUCGUGCUUGCAUCUUUUUGACUUUAGACACGUUCGUGCGUCCCAACUCUGAUCUAAAGCAUCAUGUUCUCUUCAA